GCCUGUUAGGUCCCUGAUCAGGACCCCCCACCCCACCGCAGACCCGCCGACGAAAAGAGGCGCGGGCCAGAGCCGCCCAGCUUGGGAAGCGGAAGGCGCACGGGGCUGCGCGGGGCCUGAGCCGUGCGCCCCGGGCUGAGCGCGCCCCCACCCCGCGCUCCAAUCUCAGGCGCCCUUUGUUUCUUUCCCCGCGCCUUCCGAUCUGCGAGAUCCUUUACUCCCCCUCUUCCCGCUCCUUUGCGGGCGGGUCUCCCCUCCCACCGUCUCCAAGUCGUCCGCAGCCCUGUGGCCGCGCGCCACUCCCACCCGCGCCUCCUCCUACGCCCCUUUGGCUCCGAGCCCGGGACCUUUCUGGUCCCGUCCCCGGAGGGACCCCCCCAGGACUAAGCGACUCCGCCCUUUCCAGCACCUAGAGGUGAGCAGAGCUCGGGCCAUCAUCAGGAAAGCCCCCGAAAGUCUCGGCCCAGCUCCAGAAGUAACGGGACCGUGCGGCCGAGGAGGAAGGCCCCAGGGCGCCCCCGCCCCAACCUCCCGCCCACCCUCCCCGCUUUUCGCCGGGUCCCUAUUGGCUGGCGCGCCCCGCGGCCGGAAUGGCAGUGGGAGGGGACCCUCUUUGCUAACUGGGGUAUAAAAACAGCGCCCUCGGCAGGGUCCCGUCCUCUGCCACUCUCGCUCCGGGGUCCCCGCGCCAGAGACGCAGCAGCGCUCCCACCGCCCACACCCACCGCGCCCUUGCUCGCCUCUCCUCCCCGAGCCAGUCCGAGCCGCCGCAGUCGCCAAGCCCACCGCCACCCUCCGCAGCCAUGUCGUCCAGGUCCGUGUCCUCGUCCUCCUACCGCAGGAUGUUCGGUGGCCCGACCACCGCGAGUCGGCCGAGCUCCAGCCGGAGCUACGUGACCACGGCCACCCGCACCUACAGCCUGGGCAGCGCGCUGCGUCCCAGCACCAGCCGCAGCCUCUACGCCUCGUCCCCGGGCGGCGGGUAUGUCACCCGCUCCUCGGCCGUGCGCCUGCGGAGCAGCGUGCCCGGCUUGAGGCUGACGCAGGACUCGGUGGACUUCUCGCUGGCCGACGCCAUCAACACCGAGUUCAAGAACACCCGCACCAACGAGAAGGUGGAGCUGCAGGAGCUGAAUGACCGCUUCGCCAACUACAUCGACAAGGUGCGCUUCCUGGAGCAGCAGAACAAGAUCCUGCUGGCCGAGCUCGAGCAGCUCAAGGGCCAGGGCAAGUCGCGCCUGGGGGACCUCUACGAAGAGGAGAUGCGGGAGCUGCGCCGGCAGGUGGACCAGCUCACCAACGACAAGGCCCGCGUCGAGGUGGAGCGCGACAACCUGGCCGAGGACAUCAUGCGGCUCCGGGAGAAGUUGCAGGAGGAGAUGCUUCAGCGAGAGGAAGCCGAGAGCACCCUGCAGUCUUUCAGACAGGAUGUCGACAAUGCGUCUUUGGCACGCCUUGACCUUGAGCGUAAAGUGGAAUCCUUACAAGAAGAGAUUGCCUUCUUGAAGAAACUGCAUGAUGAGGAAAUCCAGGAGCUACAGGCCCAGAUUCAGGAACAGCAUGUCCAAAUCGAUGUGGACGUUUCCAAGCCUGACCUCACGGCUGCCCUGCGUGACGUCCGUCAGCAGUAUGAAAGUGUAGCUGCCAAGAACCUUCAGGAGGCAGAAGAAUGGUACAAGUCCAAGUUUGCUGACCUCUCUGAGGCUGCUAAUCGGAACAAUGAUGCCCUGCGCCAGGCGAAGCAGGAGUCAAAUGAGUACCGGAGACAGGUGCAGUCCCUCACCUGUGAAGUGGAUGCGCUUAAAGGAACUAACGAGUCCCUGGAACGCCAGAUGCGUGAAAUGGAAGAGAACUUUGCUGUUGAAGCUGCUAACUACCAAGACACUAUUGGCCGCCUGCAGGAUGAGAUUCAGAACAUGAAGGAAGAAAUGGCUCGUCACCUUCGUGAAUACCAAGACCUGCUCAAUGUUAAGAUGGCUCUUGACAUUGAGAUUGCCACCUACAGGAAGCUGCUGGAAGGCGAGGAGAGCAGGAUUUCUCUGCCUCUUCCAAACUUUUCCUCCCUGAACCUGAGGGAAACUAAUCUGGAUUCGCUCCCUCUGGUCGACACCCACUCAAAAAGGACACUUCUGAUUAAGACCGUUGAGACCAGAGAUGGACAGGUUAUCAACGAAACAUCUCAGCAUCAUGAUGACCUUGAGUGAAAACUGCACACUCAGUGCAGCAAUAUAUUACCAGCAAGAAUAAAAAAGAAAUCCGUAUCUUAAAGAAACAGCUUUCAAGUGCCUUUCUGCAGUUUUUCAGGAGCGCAAGAUAGAUUUGGAAUAGGAAUAAGCUCUAGUUCUUAACAACCAACACUCCUUAAAGAUUUAGAAAAAAGUUUACAACAUAAUCUAGUUUACGAAGAAGUCUUGUGCUAGAAUACUUUUUAAAAAGUAUUUUUGAAUACCAUUAAAACUGCUUUUUUCCAGCAAAUAUCUGACCAACUUGUUUCUGCUUCAAUAAAUCUUUGGAAAAACU